AAUAAUAAUAAUAAUAAUAAAGAAAAGAAAUGAAGAUAAAAAUGGUGAAAAAUAAUAUGGCAGAUAAAAGAGUUUGGGUCUUCUGCUUUUUCCUUCCCAAAAAUGGCAAACCACACUCUCCUCCUCCACUUGUUUUCUUCUUUACUCCAUUAUUGACCUCUCAUGCUUCCUCUCUUUCUUCUUCUUUCACGUUAAGAGUAAUGUUGUUGUUUGAUUUUGAUAUUCAACCCUCAAAUUUGUAAUGAUGGAAAGUUUGGAUGGACCUGAGUUAGCUGUUAUAAGAAAGAGAAGGAGUAACGCAUCACGAAGGCCUCGGGUUGAUUCACAUUCACUUCUAGAAAACUUCAAUCUUUUGACAUUGUCAGCAGAGGUUUAUAGCAAUGGAGACAAUAUUAAAAAUCAAGAUAUUGGGGAUAAUAGAGUAGCUGUUUCUGAUGGAUUGGGAAGAGAAAACAAGCUGAAGAAGUUGAAACUCAAAGUGGGUGGUGUUACUCAUACAAUCCAUACCAAGUCCACAGAUGACUUCUCCUAUGGUGAUAGCACCAUUUUCAGAAACUCUUCUUGCUCUGUGACUGCCUUCACGACUCGGGAGAAGCCGCUUCCUCAGGAUGACAAAAAUGGAAAUCAUUCCUGUUCUUCAGAUAAAAAGAGAGGUUUUGGAGUUAGAUGGAAGGAUAUGUCAAAAAAUGAUUUUAGCUCGCAAAAGGGGCAUGGUUCAAGGGGAAUUCCUGCUCACCAUGAACCUAUUCGUAAGAGCAAUCGGGUUCCUAAGAGACGAGCCUUGGAUGCUAGAUUGGAUGAGGAUGAUGAUGAUGAAGAUGAAGAAAUUCGUUACCUUGAGAGGCUUAGGGCCUCUAAAAACUCUGGUGGCAAUGAAAAUGGGAAGGAUUACAGAAGCCACCAAGAACACGUGGUUUUGAAGCUUCCAAAAAGUCGUUUGAUGGUAGAUGGGUUGUAUAAUGAUGCUGUUGGAGAUUAUGUUUUGCCAAAGCUGGGAAGUAGAAAGAAGUCAAGACCGGAGAAAGAAUUCGAGGAUAUAGACUACAUGGCCGAAGAAGAAGUGAUAUCUGAUGAGGAACCUGGAUCUGCUGGGAAGAAUUUAAAAAAGGAGUGUCCUAGUCCUUAUGUGCAAGAAUGGAAGGAAUCAAUCCCAACUACACGAACUAGAGCCAUGCAGCAAGGCCAAGAGGUUUUAAAUGGGUUGUCAGCGAGUUCUAUUGACGUUUCAAAUUACUUAGUUUCUUCCAAAUCUAGAAGAAAAAAGGAUAAGCCCUCUGAACUGGAACAACAAUUAAAGAAGGCUGAGGCUGCACAGAAACGUAGAAUGCAGUCAGAGAAAGCGGCUCGGGAGGCUGAGGCUGAGGCAAUAAAAAAGAUACUUGGCCAAGAUUCUGGAAGAAGGAAAAGGGAAGAGAAAAUGAAGAAACAUAGAGACGAGUGGUUACAGGGAAAAGCUGCCAAUGCCCUCACACUUUCAUCAAAUACUGUUAGAUGGGUUAAUAAUCCGAGUGGAUCCAUCGUUACAUUCUCCGAUGAUAUUGGCUUACCAAGUUUAUUUAAUCCAGUUCAGUGCAGUUAUCCUCCUCCAAGGGAAAGAUGUGCAGGGCCAAAUUGUACAAAUACAUACAAGUACCGAGAUUCGAAAUCUAAUCUUCCUCUCUGCAGUCUCCAAUGUUACAAGGCAUUGCAUAAGAAAUUGCAGCCUCUUGUUACCUGCUGAUGAUCAUUUGGUUCUCUAAUUGUUCCCAUAUUAACUCUGCUAAGCAUUUUUUUUGUACAAUGCUCAUCUCACCCCUUGAAAAUUUGUAAAUCCUGACACAACUCUAACAUGAUUAGUAGGAUUUGGUUUGUAUCGUACUGCCAUAUUUUACUGAUUUUUUUUGAGAUCUAUUAUCUGGAAAUAAUGUAGAUAUAAAUUGCAAAAUUUGAUUUCUUA